AUGCCCUUCAAACAGACCUCAAUCUCCCUGCCCAAGAACUGGCCCAAAGACAUCAUCUAUCUCUGCACACUGCACAUCCCGCCUUCUCUAUCGCCAGAACUCCUCCAAACAACCACUCUACCACCCCCAUCCAUACCAGCAUCACUCGAGGUCCCCAUCAUCCCAGCCUCUUCACGUCCCGCCUGCCCGUGCCCCCUCGUACAGAUAAAACCCAUCCUCGACCCGUCUCACCCAGCGCACGGGCAAUACGGCCUCUUCGCGACACGGGCUCUGACCCCCUCAUCAUUCGUGAUCCUCUAUCUCGGCCGUCUACACUUGUCGUCCUCGUCCGAUCUCGUGUCAGACUACGACCUCAGCCUGGACCGCGAGCUGGACCUCGCGAUCGACGCCUCGCAGUGCGGCAACGAGGCGCGCUUCAUCAACGACUACCGCGGCAUUCGCUCCGAGGGCCCCAACGCCGAGUUCAGGGACUGUUGGGUCGAGGUCCCCCCGGCCACCAACAAAUGGGAGAGGAGGAUCGGCGUGUUCGUGCUGAGUCCCGGCAAAUCCGGCAAAAAGGAUCGAGGGAAGUCCAGGGCGAGGGGCAUCGCAAAGGGUGAGGAGAUCGUGGUUAGUUACGGCAAGGGGUUUUGGAGGGCGAGGCAGCACCAGCACGAGCACGACCCCGAGGGAAUGGGUCAAACGGACGAGUCCAAGGACCAAGAUGUAAAGGAGGGUGGGCUGGGAGGAGGCUGA